AACACCACAAUCAUUUUUGAUGUUCAUUUUCAGGUUCUGGAUGAAGUGAUCGGUUUGAGUCCUUAUAACUAUGCAGACAGCCUGAACUGGAACAAGCAGGCUGUGGAACAGAUUACAAAAAGACUUGUGGCACUGAAUAGACCAUAUAAGUACAUAGUAAAUUCUUCACUCUUACAAAUUGGUUGUGGAACUGGUAUGAAUGUGAGCACGAUUUCGUACUGGAACAAAGCGACUGAUCGUAAGUUGAUGUUCAACCGAAUGAUGACGAUGUUAAGUUUGCCUCACGCCUAUACAAUGGCCUGUGGGAGGCAUCCCGGAACAACCAAGUAUUUUCAUUUUNCUAGCAGGUAUCGUUAA